UAUACUAUCUUUUUGUGGGAUCUUAGACAGUAGUGCUCAUUCGGUCAUUCCAUAAUCCACCCAUUCCUAUGCUCCAUUUUGCGCUGUCCCUUUGUUGAAUCUUGGCUUCUUCACUGUUCAAAAGCAAAGAGCGAUCACAACAAGAAAAUCUUCUUUUGCUUCAUCUCUGAGUUUAUGACAUUGCAGUAGUGGAUUAUGGGAGACAAAUUAGGACAGAUAAAAGUGACCGUUGUACAAGGAAAACGUUUGGUGAUUCGGGAUUUCAGGACCAGUGAUCCUUAUGUCAUUCUCAAGCUGGGUAAUCAGACUGCCAAAACCAAAGUCAUAAAUUGCUGCCUUAAUCCUGUUUGGAAUGAAGAAUUUUGUUUCUCUAUCUCCGAACCAGCUGAGGUUCUCGAAUUGGAAGUAUUUGACAAAGACCGUUUCAAGGCAGAUGACAAGAUGGGAAAUGCUCAACUUAGCCUUCAACCUUUGGUUGCAGCUGCUAGAUUAAGAAAGAUUCUCGUUGUUGCUUCCGAGGGGACAACAUUAAGGAAGGUUAUCCCGGAGAAAGACAAUUGUCUAGCAGUUGAUAGCAGCAUUAGUUGGGUAAAUGGUGAAGUUGUGCAACAUGUUUGGUUAAGGCUUUGUGAGGUGAAGUCUGGCGAGAUAGAGUUGAAGAUCAAAUUGAUCGAUUUUUCGUGUUCUGCUCCCUCCAAGUAGAAUGGUUCUUAAUGACAUCGAUACAUUUCUUGUUUGAUCAGCGUUAUCGUACAGUGACAUGUCAAGUAGAAGAAGCGCCUACAUUUAGCAUCUUUCAGUUGGAACUCAAGGGAUUAUUUGUUGUUUUUAAUCAAGUAUGUGCAGAUCUAAUCUUAUUCUGUGGAAAGGAAGGGGAGAAACAGGUCCUUUUUAAGCAGCAAUUAGCACUGAAUUUGUUCACUUCUCAUAACCAAAGAACAUGAAAAGGCUAUUCUCUUUACUAGAUUUGUCUGGGAAUAUGUGGUGUUGUAUCUUAUGUUGCAAGUUAAUAAUGGUGAUUUAGGCAACAAUAUAUGGUAUUGGAUUCAAACUACUGUCAAGUUAGACAUUCUCUAUUCCUUCUUAACUACUUCAUCCGUUUCAAUUCA